AUGACUGAAAAAUCUCGAUCAUCAUCAAUUCAAUAUAUCUAUCCACUUCGUUCACAAUCAUGUCGUGAUUGUCGAGAUAAAGUAACUCGCACAGCUAGUGACUUACAUCGACAUACUGUUGAUCGUGCUCAACGUCGUUUUGAACGACAAUUAGCUAAUAGUGAACGUGAAUUAAGAUCAGCUAUGAAACAACGACGUGAUCAUUCAUCAUCAGCUGCUGAAAAACGUCAAGCAACACAAAAUCUUGAACAUCUUCGAUCAACACUUAAUAAUGAUUAUUCACAACUUAUUCAAGCUUAUGUUCAUGAACAUAAGGAAAAAGUUGAUGAAGUAGAAAAAUAUAUGCAUACUCAACGUUAUGAUGAAGAACGUCAUUUCGAUAAACACAAAUCUGAAAAAAAACUUAAAGAAGCUCUACAAGAGACUCAACUUCAAAGUGAAAAAAUGCGUCUUCAGUCAAUAAAUCAAAUAAUACGUGAACGUGAUGCAGUUUGUGAAGAAAAAUUAGCUGCACAAAAAAGUCUUUAUACUCGUCUUCUUGAUGAACAAGCACGACGUUUACGUGCUGAACAAGCACUUCAAACCAAUAUGACAUCAGUACCUACUGAACAUUUGGAUAUGGCACAAUUAAAAGGUCGAUUAACUCGUGUAGAAUAUGAACAUCGUGAAAUAAAACAAUUAAUACUUGAUAUGCGUACUGAUCUAGCAGCUUUAAUUAUACAACAGCCAACAUAUAAAAAUGCAGUUCACAUACGAGAUUUUCCUGUUAAACCAUAA